AUGGCCAAUACGUUCGACGACGGCCAAUUCAAGACAUGGAAGCCGCUGGCACCGACCCUGAGACAGCGGCGUAUGGCGUCGCGCAAGGAUCUGCACAAGGGCGGGCCGGUGCGAGAGCUGACAGUGGCAAAGCGCCGCACGGGCGGCCGCAACAACACGGGCAAGAUCACGUGCCGCCAUCGCGGCGGCGGAGCCAAGCGCCGGAUCCGGCUGGUGGACUUCAAGCGGCACACGGUGGGACCGCAGGAGGUGGUGCGCCUGGAGUACGAUCCGGGCCGCACGGCGCACAUAGCGCUGAUUAAGCACAUGGAGACCGGCGAGCUGUCGUAUAUCCUGGCACCGGCGGGCCUGAAGCCUGGCGCGGUGGAGCUGUUCCGUCCGCGCGCUGAUCUGAUGACGGAUCUGCAGUCCAAGGUCAACAUUGACGUUGGCAACUGCAUGCCGCUGCGCCUGAUCCCGAUCGGUACCACGAUCCACAACAUUGGUCUGCAUCCGUUCGGCCGCGCCCAGAUCGCACGCUCGGCUGGCGCUUCGGCGCAGCUGCUGUACACGGCCCCGACCGGCACCGCGCAGAUCAAGCUGAUGAGCGGUGAGGUGCGCCGUGUGCCGGUUGAUGCCCCGGCCACUAUUGGCUCGGUCAGCAACCCGAACCACAAGCACGAGAAGCUGGGUGGUGCCGGAGCCAGGAGGCGCCGCGGAUGGAGACCCACCGUGCGCGGUACUGCUAUGAACACCAGCGACCAUCCCCAUGGUGGUGGUCGUGGCAAGUCCAAGGGCAACAAGCACCCGCGCAGCCCGUGGGGCAAGCUGGCCAAGGGCGGGAAGACCAGGAAGCACAUCAGCCCGAUGGUUAUCCGCGGCCGUCCUCGUCGCUAG